CAGCAUGCAGGCACCGCUGCUGCUCCUAGUGGCACUCAGCACUACGCCGGCAGCGGCGUCGACCGCCGUCACCAUGCUAGACUGCAUCUGCGACAGGUUCUUCGACCGCGGAAUGAAAGUCAAAACGAAUGGAAUGCUCGACCCAUAUUGCCUCGGUGUUUACUCAAUCGUCGCUAGAACCAGAUCCUCGUGCCGUGGCGCCCUGUCGGAUGACGCCUUCAGAAGCUCGCUCGCGAUGCUUGCUCAGAUGGUUCCACGUCACAACAGCUCAUCACCACUGCCUUCCGAGGAGGGCGACAGAUGUCGUAUAGUAGAGGGGAUGCGUCGCAUGGAAGCCGACUCAGCCAAAGACUUACUGUGCCAAGUAGCUCCAGAGGUCCUGGACUCUGAACCAGACAAAUGGUUGGAGGAUGUGGAGUGGGGCAAGAAGCUCCUUCACAUGUCUCAUCAGCAGAGAAGACAUCUCUUGGACGAGCUAUUAGUUACUAAUGUGCAGCUCUCAAAAGCUAUAACGAGUAACAUGGAAUGCUAUUGGUGGAGCGGCAAUGCAUUAACCUAUAACAGUAGCUGGACUGAUUCUGACAUUGAGGCCUCGCUUCGAAAUGUCCUGCGUGUAAUAUCCAGUUCUUUGCACAAACACUUACAGCUGCUCUCACGUGCAAUGAAGAAUUUCCAUCGCAUUUACACUGCUAUGAUAUUGCAGCAGAAGGGCAAGAAUAUGUCUGAACAUCAGUUGACAAGUUUACUUAAAUAUGUAGAAAAGCUGUGGAACCUAUUACAUGUGCGUACAAGCGGAUGGUUGGAAGAUUUUAAUGAUGUUAUUGAUGAACUAAGUAAUACCCUUCUGAAGAAAAGAGUACAGGAGACUACAUGGGAGUUUCCAAUCAGGUAUGCACUGACGUACGAUCGAUUACUGCACUAUCACGACAGGAGAACGACGUUUUGGGAAGAUUUUGCAGAGAAAUGCGAGAAAGUCAUUGGAGGAACGCCGGAGGUGCUGCAGCUGGCUGACGCAGUGCACACGUAUCUCGUUUACAAAUGGUUUCGGAAAACCCGUGUGUUCUUCGAAACUUGCUAUUACUUCGUUGGGAAAGAUCAUGAGUGGCAACUGGAAGACCUAAGUGACAGCCACACGUCGGUAGAUAGCAGCUGCGUCCAGUUCAUGGUGGACCUGCUGGAGCGUCCUGUAUGUCCUCUGGAAGAGACUUCAGAGCAAACUCUUCGGAAACGGGAGGCGUGCCACAUACAGCUAGGCAGAGAUCUUAUGUAUGGGUUGUCUUACAUCCCGGUAACCAGUUACUUGGCGUAUACGCAGAGGGUAAACAUCAACAUCUGUUUGCUCUCCUGGAUGGUCAUCAGUUCGAAGAGUGUGUGUGAGAACGUUCCCUACAGGAUGAUAAAAUCUGUGAGAGAAGCUCUCUGCAUCUUUCCACAUUCUGAAGGCAAGUCGUGUGCAGCAAACAAAUCCCUAGACAUCGUCUGUUCUGUCUCCAGAGCUGUUUUCUCCUUCAAGUGUAAGAAAUUCUUUAGUCAAACUGUUCACUCCACCUGCACGCUUCAGUACUCGUACGAAUGGAACAGGAUGGAACCGACGUUGGAUGUUUCCUCAGGAUUUCUAUAUCAAUACCAUUCCGAGAGAAAAGUUACGCCGAUGGAAGUCUUAAGCAUCCCUACAAUGAAGUACAGAAAUUUUAAGAUUGACCAUCUCCAGUCUUUGGAAGUUUCACUGAUCUCCAUAAAUAUUUUUUUCAGAUGUGUGACUGCCGGUGUGUACUUAUACUUGCCAAAGUUGCGCAAUCUGCCCGGCAAAUUACUACUCUGUUUCCAGUUCACGGGAAUAAUGCAGAUCUUGUGUUCGGAAGUCGCGUACCGCAUGUUUGGCGUUCCAGACCUGGCGACCACUGUCCAGCUGGACAGCUCGCUCACACUGCUCAGCUGCAUCUGGCUGAACACGUUCUGCUACCUGGUGUUCACCGGCGUUCGCCACCUCAGGCUGCCGGACGAUCUCGACGCUUGUGAAGCCAGUCGCCUCUUCCGCAUCUACGUGACGUACGCGCUGUCCCUCUGGACUGUGGUCUCAUCCACCUUCGUCUCUCUCGAACGCGUGAGCGAGCAGUACUUGUUCCACAGCCGGGCGCUACUGCUGACUGCCAUCUCAUUGUCGGUGGCUUGCAACUUGCUGCUAUUCCUCAUCGUAGCUUACACGUGCUUUCGUACGCGGCAGUCCAUGACGAAGUUGAGUGUUACCACCAGCAAAUUCGGCACGAGGAAGCAGAUGCUUCUGCUGUCGGUGAAGACUUUCCUCCUGAGCGGACUGGGAAUUGUGGCCCGCGUGGGUUUCCACCAGGCAGAAGGGGUGGCCCGUUACGUCUAUUGUGUGCACCUGGCCACCAUGCUGCAGGGUCCCGCCAUCUUCGUGCUCUUCGUCUGCAACGGAUCCGCGCUGCCCCAGCUCAGGCACCGCCUUCAGCGAUGGUGGAGCCCUGACGUCAUCAUACCAGGGGAGGAUCUGUGCUCUUCGGCGCGCAGAAAUGUGGGAAAGCUCAGAUUGAAGGUGGAACAGAACGUUUUGGAAACAGCAGCGUGACUCACAACGGUUUUAUUUUUCACGAUAAAGGAUGACAGCCAAAACAGUUGCAGGAUAAAAAUUUAUUAAAAUUCUUAA